UCUGACCUGGCAGCGAAUCUGUUUGUGUUGGAAGAAAAGUUUGGCGAUGAGGUUUUUGCCCAAUACGUCAUGGGGAUGAUGAUGAGAGACUGGGUCCUUCUACGAGGGACCAGAAGUACUGACCUGGUUGAUGCCAUUCACAGCGUGGUGUAUAACUCUAUCACACCUGUACGGGAAGCUUACAACGUUUUAAUAGACUCCAAGACACACAUGCAUCUGGUCCCAAUUGCUUUGUCAUGCAAGACAAAUAAUUCACAACAAUAUUGUCAGGAAGAUCUAUUCUCCACUCUGGAGACAUUGUCGGAGGGUUUCAAGGGUGAACGCCCUCUAAGCGAGUGGUACCGUCCCCACAACGUAAUCCAGACUGUUGAACUGAACGUAGAUUUGGCACAUAAACUACUGACGAAAUCGGAGUAUGAGUUGACACUUGUAGCCCAAUUAGGUCAUAACUGUUCUGGUGCUGUAUCAAUUUUGGACGACGUUCUCGUGGACAUCAGCGCAAACUGCAACACUAGCUCCGAAAACAGUUCUGACGUAACCUUGAUUCUGAAGGUACUGACUGGUAUACGCGAAGCGUUUGACAAAGCCCACGAAUCGGUUGAGCAUCAAAAACAAAGCUACGACAUCUUAUUGCAGCACGUCAGCACCAAUCUUGGGAAGUGGUAUUUACCUUGGAACGAGAUGGCACUGGACGCUACAUUUUACAGGGACAACUACGGGUCGGUUGAUAUAUUCUACCCGGAGAUAAAAGUUACUACGACCAGAGAGGACUGCGCCUAUGAUAUUGUCGCCAUGAUGUGCGAUGUCGGCGGAAGUCUUGGGUUGUGCUUAGGCGGAAGUCUACUCACUGUGUUUGAAAUCGUGGACUUCUUUUUUCGCAAAAUUUUUUGCUGUGCGCCAUAAUUAUCCAUGUACAAAUACACCUGUCUAAGAAUUUACACCUUUCUUUAUAAAUUCACAGCGAUAUUGCAAAGUCAAGUGCAUGACGUCAUGGACACGUAGACACGCUGCUUGUAAAUAACCACAGAGGUGUCCAAGAUAUUUAUCCAGAUCAAGGCUUCGCAAACUAACAAUUUUGUCACAAUGUUUUGGACUGUGUGCUCAGGGCAGCUGGGAUCAAUUAAGUCGGAUUGGCAGGGUUUUCAUUUUACUACUAAAGAAAACUAGAUAUACAAGGAGAAAUUAAUGAAUGAGGUUUAUUUAUCCUCCGUCAGAGAAACCGUUCCUUCAGCACAGUGUGAAGAAACAGUGAAUAAUGCCAGAGAAAAAUAAAGGGAGAUCACUCGACGGCACUUGGACAUUAGCUUCCAAAUUGAGUUUUCUCCCCUGAUAAU